AUGGAUUCCUCCUCCGAGUCGCAGUGGCUGUCCCAGCUGGCAGCUAUGCGACAGGCUAUAGCUGAUCUGAAGCUUCCCAAAGAUCUACCCCACGAUACUAUCAGCUAUGGCAGUGACGUCGAACUCGAUAUCGACGACGCCUACGCUUCCUCCGGUACAGCCGGGACGGUUGACGAUGUGUGGGAUAUCAUCAGCUCCGAUGAUGAAACCUCCGACGAUCUGGACGAUUCUGACCGUGUUCUCCUCCCGCAAACCUCUUCCCUCUACAAUCAACUCUGGCUGGAAGGGAAAUGCCAGGAACUGGCGAGCCGAGGCUCGAGCAUGGAUGCGUCAGAUCUCGCCCAGCAAAUUACUGCUACCCUGGCUACAGAUAGCGACGAUGCCGAGCUUCAAAUGUCCCUCGCUGAAAUUGUGGGGUUUGACGACUUGGACUUGGUGAUCGAGCUCAUUGCCAACCGCGCGGAGAUUCUGGCAGAUAAAUCACACCGGACCGAAGACCAGACCAAUGGCCUCGCAGCAGGAAAGCUGCUUACCAGAGCGGAGAGAGAAGAUGCCUUGCGCCAACGAGACUAUGAACACAAGCAUGCUCCCUUGAUGGCAGCGCAGUCCCGAUCAGAGCCUAUGUACCCCCAUGUUUUCAAAGCACACAGCGCUGGGAACACGCUCGCCCCCAAUGGCAAGAAGUAUGGCCUUCCUGUGGGCACCAAGACUUUCGAAGAGCCAAACUACACGGAACAUGAGAUCCCAGCGUCAAAGGUCGGAUAUUUGGCACAGAACCAGAAAUUGGUGGACAUAGCUGGAUUGGAUGGUCUUUGUCGUGGUACAUUCAAGGGCUAUAAAUCUCUCAACCGUAUGCAGAGUUUACUGUACGAUGUUGCCUACAAGACCAGCGAGAACAUGCUUAUCUGUGCCCCCACCGGUGCCGGUAAAACGGAUGCAGCUAUGCUUACCAUCCUGAACGCGAUUGGCAAGAAUACUGUUCCUCACCCUCUAGAGGAACCUGAUGCUACAGAGUUUACAGUGCAGGUUGAUGACUUCAAGAUUGUCUACGUCGCCCCAAUGAAGGCCUUGGCGGCUGAAGUUACAGAGAAGCUUGGAAAGCGCCUCGCGUGGCUGGGUGUCCAGGUCCGUGAAUUGACUGGUGAUAUGCAAUUGACCAAGCGGGAAAUUGUGGAUACCCAGAUCAUUGUCACGACCCCUGAGAAAUGGGAUGUCGUGACCCGCAAAAGCACGGGUGACACUGAGCUGGUUCAGAAAGUCCGGCUUCUCAUCAUUGAUGAGGUCCACAUGCUUCACGAUGAACGUGGUGCUGUAAUCGAAUCACUGGUCGCUCGAACGCAGCGACAAGUCGAAAGCACCCAGUCUUUGAUUCGUAUUGUCGGUCUUUCAGCCACAUUGCCCAACUACAUCGAUGUGGCCGAUUUCUUGAAAGUGAACAAAAUGGCUGGCAUGUUCUUUUUCGACCAAUCUUUCCGUCCGGUACCCUUGGAGCAGCAUUUCAUCGGUGUCAAAGGUAAGCCGGGAUCCAAGCAAUCUCGUGAAAACAUUGAUCAGGUUGCAUUCGAGAAGGUUCGUGCCAUGCUGGAGUGUGGUCACCAAAUCAUGGUCUUCGUGCAUUCUCGCAAAGACACCGUAAUGACUGCCCGCAUGCUGAAGCAGAUGGCCGCGGAAGAUGGCUGUGAGGAUCUGUUCAGCUGCGUUGACCACGAAGGUUACUCUAAUGCUCUUCGAGACAUGAAGCACGUUCGUGCCAAAGAGCUCAAAGAUCUUUUCCCCAGUGGACUUGGAACGCACCAUGCUGGUAUGAGCCGAAGCGAUCGCAAUCUCAUGGAGCGUAUGUUUGGUGAGGGACUGAUCAAGGUCCUCUGCUGCACGGCCACUCUUGCUUGGGGCGUCAACCUUCCCGCCGCCGCAGUAGUAAUCAAAGGUACUCAGCUCUACAACCCUCAGGAAGGUAAAUUUGUGGACCUGAGCAUUUUGGACGUAAUGCAGAUCUUUGGUCGUGCUGGUCGACCUCAGUUCCAGGACACUGGUAUUGGAUUUAUCUGUACGACCCAUGACAAGCUUCAACAUUACGUGUCUGCUGUGACGGCUCAACAACCAAUCGAGUCUCGCUUCUCCAGCAGGCUGGUGGACAAUUUGAACGCUGAAAUUUCACUUGGCACUGUCACGUCCGUUCCAGAGGCGGUCCAGUGGUUGGGUUAUUCGUACCUCUUUGUGCGCAUGAAGCGCGAGCCUCGGAACUAUGGCAUCGAAUAUGCCGAACUUAGGGAUGAUCCCAUGCUUGUCCAGAGACGUCGUCAGUUGAUCAUUCAAGCCGCCCAUACUCUCCAGAAAAGUCAGAUGAUCAUUUUCAACGAGAAGACCGAGGAUCUCAGAGCCAAGGAUGUUGGCCGAAUUGCCAGCCAAUACUAUGUCUUACAAACUAGUAUUGAGAUCUUCAACUCCAUGAUGCGCGAGCGGGCUGGAGAGGCAGAUGUCCUCAAAAUGAUCAGUAUGAGUGGCGAAUUUGACAACAUCCAGGCUCGAGAUAGUGAGUCAAAGGAGCUUCAACGCUUGAAGGAUGAAGUUGUGCAGUGUGAGGUUGAAGGUGGAAACGACUCUCCUCAUGCGAAGACGAACAUUCUGCUUCAAUCAUACAUAUCCAAGGCAAAGCUCGAGGACUUUGCUCUCGUCUCGGACAGCGGUUACGUUGCUCAGAACGCUGCUCGUAUCUGUCGCGCACUUUUCAUGAUUGCCUUGAAUCGCAGAUGGGGUUAUCAAUGUCAGGUGCUCUUGUCGCUUUGCAAGUCCAUCGAAAAGCAGAUUUGGCCUUUCGAUCAUCCUUUCCAUCAAUUCGAUAUUCCACAGCCUGUGAUGCGAAAUCUGGAUGAGAAGUUGCCGUCUUCAUCCAUUGAAUCGAUGAAAGAGAUGGACCCAGCAGAGAUUGGGUCCCUCGUGCAUAAUCAGAAGAUGGGCAAGGUUCUGUCCAAGCUGCUCGACAAUUUCCCUACUAUUAGUGUCGAGACUGAGAUUGCGCCUCUGAACCGAGAUGUCCUCCGCAUCCGCCUCUCCAUCUAUCCUGAAUUCUCUUGGAAUGAUCGCCACCAUGGAGCUUCUGAGUCUUUCUGGAUCUGGGUCGAGAAUUCAGAAACUUCCGAGAUCUAUCAUCACGAGUACUUCAUCCUCAGUCGCAAGAAGUUGUACGAUGACCACGAGCUCAAUUUCACCAUUCCGUUGUCGGAUCCUCUCCCAAGCCAGAUCUACGUGCGAGUGAUCUCCGAUCGCUGGCUUGGAGCAGAAACCGUGAGCCCUGUCUCGUUCCAGCACUUGAUUCGACCGGACACGGAAAGUGUGUACACGGACUUGCUUAAUCUUCAACCGCUUCCGAUCAGUGCUCUGCAGAACCCGAAUUUGGAGGAGCUAUACGGCCAACGCUUCCAAUUUUUUAACCCUAUGCAGACGCAGAUCUUCCAUCUCUUGUAUCACACUCCGGCAAACGUCCUUCUCGGAUCUCCAACCGGUAGUGGCAAAACUGUCGCAGCUGAACUAGCCAUGUGGUGGGCCUUCCGCGAGAAGCCCGGAUCGAAGGUCGUCUAUAUCGCCCCCAUGAAAGCACUUGUCCGUGAGCGUGUCCAGGACUGGCGCAAACGUCUCACUGGACCUAUGGGUCUGAAGCUUGUCGAGUUGACUGGUGAUAACACCCCAGACACUCGAACAAUACGUGAUGCCGAUAUCAUCAUUACCACCCCGAGAAGUGGGAUGACUCGUGACUACGUUCGCAAAGUCAGUCUAGUGAUCAUCGACGAGAUUCAUCUUCUCGGCGGCGACCGAGGACCUAUCUUGGAGAUCAUUGUUUCUCGAAUGAACUACAUCGCCUCGCAAUCUAAAGGGUCCGUUCGCCUGAUGGGUAUGUCGACUGCUUGUGCAAACGCAAACGACCUCGCCAAUUGGCUUGGUGUUAAGGAGGGACUUUAUAAUUUCCGACACUCUGUUCGACCUGUUCCUCUAGAGAUCUUUAUCGAUGGUUUCCCCGAGCAACGCGGUUUUUGUCCGCUGAUGCAGUCCAUGAAUCGGCCCACGUUCCUUGCAAUCAAGAACCACUCACCAGAGAAACCUGUUAUCGUCUUUGUUGCCUCACGUCGACAGACUCGUCUGACGGCCAAGGACCUGAUAAACUACUGCGGCAUGGAAGACAAUCCUCGUCGGUUUGUGCGCAUGUCCGAGGACGACUUGGAGGCCAACCUUGCCCGUGUCAAGGAUGAAGCCUUGAGGGAGGCUCUCAGCUUCGGUAUCGGUCUGCAUCAUGCAGGUUUGGUUGAGUCUGACCGGCAACUUUCGGAGGAAUUGUUUGCCAACAACAAGAUUCAGAUUCUCGUAGCUACUAGCACUUUGGCCUGGGGCGUCAAUUUGCCCGCUCAUCUGGUUGUUGUCAAGGGUACUCAGUUCUUCGACGCUAAGAUCGAGGGAUACCGGGAUAUGGACUUGACCGAUGUUCUGCAGAUGCUUGGUCGUGCUGGGCGUCCGCAGUUCGACACUUCUGGUAUUGCGCGAAUUUUCACGCAAGAUUCCAAGAAGGCCUUCUACAAGCAUUUUCUCCACACUGGCUUCCCCGUGGAAUCCACCUUGCACAAAGUUCUGGAUAAUCACUUAGGCGCCGAAGUAUCUGCUGGAACUAUCGGAACGAAACAAGACGCUCUCGAUUACCUCACCUGGACAUUCUUUUUCCGUCGCCUCCACAAGAAUCCAUCUUACUACGGUCUCGAGAUUUCAGCCGAGGAACAAAAUUCGAUUACCGCUCAGACCAUUGCCCAAGACUUCAUGAUUGAGUUGGUGGACAAGUCACUUGAUGACCUGGCGGAGUCAUCCUGUGUCCUUGUGGAUUCCGCUACUGGCGAAGUUGACUCAACGCCGUUCGGCAAGAUUAUGAGUUACUACUACCUGUCGCAUAAGACAAUCCGGUACUUGAUGUCCCAUGCAAAGCGCGACCCCACCUUCCAAGACGUGCUCAGCUGGAUGUGCUCUGCUACUGAAUUUGACGAACUGCCCGUCCGACACAAUGAAGAUCUCAUCAACGCUGAGAUGGCUCAGCACCUACCACUGGGUAUCGAAUGCAUGGGUGAUGUUCCAAUGUGGGAUCCCCACGUCAAGGCCUUCCUACUAUUGCAAGCAUACAUGUCGCGUAUCGACCUUCCCAUCACUGAUUACGUCGGUGAUCAAACAUCGGUUCUGGACCAGGGGAUUCGUAUCAUCCAAGCAUCUAUUGAUGUGAUGGCCGAGCUUGGAUAUAUCCCCGCCUGCCAGAUGUUGAUGACUCUCCUGCAAUCUAUAAAAUCUGCUCGCUGGCCCGAGGACCACCCCUUGUCAAUUCUCCCCGGCGUGGAAGCAGAGAAGCCAAUUCGCGGUCUCCCUUCGUCUUUGGUUGCGCUCUCCUCGCAGCCCAUGUCAGCGGUUGCUGGCCUUGUCAAGAAGCUGAACCUCCCACCGCAAUUUAGUCGGGCAGCUUCGUCACUCCCACAGCUUUCCAUCUCCGUUGGGAAUAUCUCUACCAAGGGGAUUUCCAUUUCCCUCACAAGGCAAAACCCGGCCACAAAUCCCGACUACAAGAUCUACGCCCCUCGUUUCCCCAAGCCUCAAACGGAAGGUUACUUCCUCCUUGUGUCUAGCACCCGAUCUGAUGGGACAGAUGGCGAGUUGUUGGGCCUGAAGCGAGUUUCUUGGCCGCCGCUCUCUAGACAGAGGGGCGGAAACAAGGGACGGGGAGGAGCUGACUCUAGUCGCGGUGGAACGUCCAACCCCAGAGACAGAAACAGCAAUGCCCCGCUUAGCGUUCGGUCGUUAGUCAAGUUCCCUAGUGCUGCCCUUCUUGAGUCCUCCUCUGUUACCGCUUCCGGUAUUGCACGGGUCAAUGUGAGGGUUAUAAGUGACUCUUAUCCUGGCAUGGAGUGGACGCUGUCGAAUGUGGAGGUGGAGAUGGAGAAAGGCCCGGUUACCCAGUCCGUUGAACCGUCGUCGAGUGUUUCUCAGAAGGAUUGA